UGUUGACAAAAAUAGAACUUCUAAUUAAACAGCAAAAUGCUAAAGAAAGUUGAAAAAAAGUCCUUAAAGUACUAGAAGAAGUGAACAAGAAAAAGAAAAAGAAAAAGCAGUUGAAUAAAAAUCUGCAUUGGAUCUGAAACCAAAGAAGAAAGAAAAUGGCACGAGCAGGAGGAAUCACAAACGCAGUUAACGUUGGAAUAGCAGUUCAAGCUGAUUGGGAGAAUCGUGAAUUCAUUUCUCACAUUUCUCUCAAUGUUCGUCGUCUCUUCGAUUUCCUUGUUCAAUUCGAGGCUACAACUAAGAGUAAAUUAGCAUCAUUGAAUCAGAAGCUUGAUGUAUUGGAACGUCGUUUGGAAUUACUUGAAGUUCAAGUUGGAAAUGCUUCAGCUAAUCCUUCUCUUUUUGCAACUUGAUUUGUAAUCAAUUGUGUAUUACAUCUUUCUAGUAAGAUCUCUUUACACCUAUAGUAUAAUGAUGUAUAAUAAUCUUAAUGGAAUAUUCUAAAUCAAAAGUUUAUGUGUUUGAUUAGUGUAAUCAUGCUUUGUUUGUUUAAAUCUAGUGAGAUUUGCAAUUUAUUUGGUUGGUA